AUGGAUUCCAGCUCCUAUAAGCGCUACAAUGUACACGGAUUUGAUUCUCGACAACACCUGGAGCAAUACUUGUCAGAUAAACCUGAUAUGGUCUUUAGAGAGGAUACCUUGAAAUUUCCCAUUGAAAAUCUUUCCAAAAUUUAUGCAGACGGUUGUAUUAAAGGAAGUAUCCUCAUUGACCUCAGCGCUGGUUCCUUUGUUCAUCAACUGUAUUCAUCUUGUGAGUAUUUCAAAGACAUCAUAAUCCUGAAGGGCAAUGAAAGAUGCAUGAUGGAGCUGAAGAGAUAUCUGGACUCACGUACGGGAGCAUUUGACUGGGGACAUGCCAUAAAACUUCAUGAAGAGAUAGGAGAAAACAGUGACCAGUUUCUGGACAGAGAAGCAAAAUUGAGAUCAACUAUUCCACAUGUCCUGAAAUGUGACCUUGAUAAAGAAAAUAUAAUGGAUCCCAUAGUCUUACCACCAGCAGAUUGUAUCAUCAGCGCUUGGCUCCUGGAUGUUAUCUGCAAAGACCAAGAUGACUACAGGAGAUAUCUCAGGAAGUUCUCAAGGAUGCUGAAACCUGGAGGACACAUGAUAUUAAUUGGGGCUCUUGGCUCAACAUAUUUAACAAUCGGGAAAGAAAGGUUCCAUGCUUUCACAUAUGAUGAAGAUUUUGUCAGGAAGACUCUAGUUGGAGAAGGAUUUGUUAUUAAUAACUUUAAGGGUAAAAAAAGAACAAAUGUGAGUGACCUUACGGACUAUAAGUCCAAAAUGUUCGUUGUAGCUCACAAGGAGAAGUAG